AUGAAAGAGGACUAUCAUGAUCGCAAGGAGAAAGAGCGAUGCUUCUCGACUCCGCCGACCAGUCUAUUGAAGUCAAGGACUCAGACCGUCACGGACACCACGCCAGACCAGCGGGCCCAGAAGAAGCAAUCAUCACGACCGGUCUCACACAUGGGCAUCCACACGCCCGGGUCACGGACGAUGUUUUCGACGGGGAGCGAGCGAUUGAAGCCCAAGAAGCCGUUCGGGUUCAUCCUCGGCAAUGGCCGGCUCCGGAGCGCGACGACCUGUCUGGAGAGCCAGCUGGACGACGUCCUCAGCCAACGCUCCAGCUCGGCCUUCGCCGAGCACGACUAUCCGGCCACCACGGUCUACCGACGACUGCCUCCCCAGUCCGAGCCCGCCGCUCGAACCGGCAGCGGGGGACACUACCUCAAAGCGAGGAACAGGUUCAGCGCGCUUCCUCUCCUUCCUUCCCUCCGACUCCGACACAGAUACCCCGGAGGCCUUCCGUCCACUUCCAAACCGUCCCCCAUUCACAAUCAACACCAGGGACCCACACAGCUAGCAGCAGACUCAGGCGCGCCCUACUAA